GAACAUCGAAAAACAAGAAUGGGACUGCCUGCUUCCCUUCCCGCAUUGCUGCUGUGUCAGGACUGGACUAGAAGAGCUUUGAGGGACUCACGCACUUCUCCACCUGAAGACAAGGCCUCCAAGCAGCCGCAGCCAUGUCGAGCAAGCGUGCCAAGGGGAAGACCACGAAGAAGCGCCCCCAGAGGGCCACCUCCAACGUCUUCGCCAUGUUCGACCAGUCCCAGAUCCAGGAGUUCAAGGAAGCCUUCAACAUGAUCGACCAGAACAGGGACGGCUUCAUCGACAAGGAGGAUCUGCACGACAUGCUGGCCUCUUUGGGGAAGAACCCCUCUGAUGAAUACCUGGAGGGCAUGAUGAGCGAAGCUCCGGGACCUAUAAACUUCACCAUGUUCCUCACUAUGUUUGGAGAAAGGCUCAACGGCACCGAUCCCGAGGACGUCAUCCGCAACGCUUUUGCCUGCUUCGAUGAGGAAGGAUCAGGCGUUAUCCACGAGGACCAUCUGAGGGAGCUGCUGACCACCAUGGGCGACCGCUUCACAGACGAGGAAGUGGACGAGCUCUUCCGCGAAGCGCCCAUCGACAAGAAGGGCAACUUCAACUACGCCGAGUUCACCCGCAUCCUCAAACACGGCGCCAAAGACAAGGACGACGAGUAGAUCAGCGGCGAGGACGCGACGGCCCCGCCCUCCGCACACGCACCACAAAUCAGUUUCCAGUUCCGACUUUUAUGAAGCCUGUCACAUGAGCCAGAUAGGGAGAGGAAAAGCAUUCCACAGUAUUCCCUGAUGGACUACUUUGUAGGUCAUCAUCACCAAGUGUUCCGUCUCGUGGAUGCAGGUCUCGUGGAUGCAGGUCUCGUGGAUGCAGGUCUCCUGGCAGGCUUCAAGCAGCUUUGAGAUGCACUUUACGCCACAAGGACAAUCGGAUCCAUCGCUCAUCCUCGUUUACGUCUUCCCGCUAUUAGCGACACCACCGGAACACGUGACCCUGUGACAUUUCAAUGUAACGUUAUUCCUAUCGUGUGUAUUCCUUAUGACAAUCAAACAUGGGGGUGUGCUGCACGUGUGCUCGCUGGGGUGGGUUCUGAUCCCAUCAGCUGGUUUUGUAUGAGUCCAGGAUCAGCAACGUGUGUUGUCAAACUGCUCAGGUGAACAAGGUCGGCGCGUCCGUCCCCGUGAACGCAGCUUUUGGUUCUUCCCGUUUGUGAACUUUGUGUAGUCUAGUAAAUCCCGGCAAUGGAAGCAUGCUUUGGAAUUCCACAUCUUAUGUCUCAUGUUAGCUUUAAAUGUUCCGUGUAGUGCAACUUUGUAUCUUUUAUAAGCUAGAAAAUAAAACGUUCCU